GUCCCGUCGCGACACCACCUCUUAGCACGGACAUCCUUGCCCGGUCCAUUUAUUCAGCCUCCUUCCCUCCCUGCCUUGCUACGGUACCAUAUUCCUUAUAUCUCAACAGGCGCUUCUCAAUCCACAACAAUUGCGACUCAUUGACUAUCCGUAUUGUCUAGCUCUUCGCAGUAUCAACGCCUGCAUCAAAGGAACGUAACUCGUAGGAGCUUCGACUCUUCAUAAACCAUACUUUUCUCUUUAUCAUCAUCGUCUUAUUCAUCAUCGACAUUUCGUCGUCAUGCUGCUGAAACGUAAGCGCUCCGACUCCGAGUUGUCGACGUCUACGACAAGCACAUUCAAUUCACCUCCUCGAGUCAAUUGCUUUUCUCCCGAGUCUGCCGACGUGUCUAUGGACGACUUCACAUUCACUGCACAUUAUCCCGUCUCGCCCCUGUCGCGUUUCAGCAAUACGAAUCUCCAUGUCCCGGGACGCACAAUGAAACGGCUUCGGGACAAUCGUCCUUCUGAACAUGAAGUGCAUCAACGCACCCUUGAUAUGCUGUACACAGCACAGCGACAACAUUCCCAAGGAACAAGCACAGAAAGUAAUCAACAGCAGCAAUCACCUACAGCUGUACAGCCGGCCCCUUCAUGCCCAUCAUCAUCAUUAGCACCCUCCCAUCAAAGAAACCUCCACAGCUUCUGGAAUCUCCCAUCACGGCCAUCGGCUCUCCCAGCUGCAUGCCUACCGUCAAUAGCCGUGGACACGCCAACGGAAUGCGAGGAUUGCGGACAGAAACUAUGUGGUGACGACGAAAAUAUGAUGGACGUCGAUGAUGCGUUGUCUGGCUCGCAGGCGACGAGCUGCGGCGUCUGCGGCAAGCAUGUCUGCUCACACUGCUCUAUCACUCAUCUUGGUGAGAGACGGAGAUGCUUGAGCUGUGCGGGGACAACGUCUAGAUCUGCGAAUGUCGCCAAGGAUACCGUAUCCUGGGCAAGGGGCAUGAGUAACUGGCUGUGCUGAUCUAAGCCUGCUAAAUUUAAUGAGACAUGACAUUGCGGGUUUGGGUUAGGGAAUUAAUUGAUGGCGCGAUCCCUUGGGAUGAGUGGACAGUGCAUGAAUUCCACGUUUUGCUCAUAUACACAAAGGAGUCUUGGCUGCGGAGGCGUUCUUGAUGUUUUACAAGCGUGGCGGCGAUAUCUAUCUUCGGAGUACGGGUGUCAUUGCGGUGAAAUUCACUUUAACGUGCGUUUGGGCUUUCAGACUACUAAAUGCAUUGAUAUUGGGCGUUGACGUUGUGGCAAGUGUUAUUUUAUACACCGCUUUUGCUGUCUAUAUGUCCGAAAGACCUCCGGUGCCUGGUUUAGCUAUGAGAUCAAUAUUAUACGACGACAGUCGACUCGUCGCGAAUUAUCACAUGGGUUAGUGUUUCUCCUUU